CCACCCGCACUCUCUCUCUCUCUCUGCGCGUGGGAUCGAGUGGGAGCCGCCGCGCGACUCCCGUAUAAAAGCGGCGGGAACCGGCUGUGCGCUCUCUGCCGUCUCGCGCCACCGCGUCCUUUUCCUGCACGGCGGCGGCAGCAGCGGGUUCAAGUCUCAGCGCUCACGCGGAUCGGAUAGCGCUUCUGUGGAAGGAGGAGAACAUCUCGUCUAUGGUGGUGGACGGAGACUCCAGGAUGUCUCGGGCCGAGGAGGUGCACCGGAUAACGGAAAAUGUAUAUAAGUCUAUCAUGGAGCAGUUCAACCCCUGCUUGCGGAACUUUGUGGCCAUGGGGAAGACGUAUGAGAAGGCGCUCUCCAGUGUCACAUUUGCGGCCAAGGGCUACUUCGACGCUCUGGUGCGGAUGGGCGAGCUGGCGAGCGAAAGUCAAGGCUCUAAGGAUCUCGAAGAGGCAGCAUGGGAUGUGCUCUUUCAGAUGGCUGAGAUUCACAGGCAGAUCCAGAUGCAGCUGGAAGACAUGCUGAAAUCAUUCCACAACGAGUUGCUGACAGAACUUGAGAAGAAGGUGGAGCUGGAUGCCCGUUACCUCAAUGCGGCGCUGAAGAAGUACCAGAUGGAGCACAAGAGCAAAGGAGAGAGCCUGGAGAAGUGCCAGGCAGAGCUGAAGAAGCUCCGCCGGAAGAGCCAGGGCAGCAAGAACCCCUCCAAGUACAGCGACAAGGAGAUGCAGUACGUGGAGAACAUCAACAGCAAGCAGAGUGAACUGGACAACUACGUCGCCGAGGGCUACAGGACGGCGUUGUCGGAGGAGCGGAGGCGCUACUGCUUCCUGGUGGACCGCCAGUGCGCCGUGGCCAAGAACACCAUCGCCUACCACGGCAAGGGUAAGGAUCUUCUGACUCAGAAAGUGCCCAUCUGGCAGCAGGCCUGCUCGGAUCCCAACAAGCUGCCGGACCGCGCCAUGAUCCUGGCCCAGCAGAUGUCCUUGGGUGGGGGGGGCACGCUGGCCACCAGCCCCUUGUGCUCCUCUGCGGGCAACCUGCUCAUCUCGGACCCGAUCCCCGGGGCCAAGCCGCUGCCCAUGGCCCCCGAGCUCGCCGCCUACAUGGGAGCCGGCGCGGCGCAGCAGGCGAGGCUGAUGAGCCCGGACACGAUGCCCCUAAUGAACGGCACGGCGGGACUCCACGGCUCCGACUACCAGCCGUGGGCGGAGGUCAAGCCUCUCCAAGCCAAGCAGGCCUCGCCCCAACCGCAGCGCCACGGCGGCGAGGUCUACUCCAACACCCUGCCGGUGCGCAGGGCCGCGCCCGCCAAGAGCAAGGCCACCGUGGCGGAGAACCGCACGCUCCCUCGGUCGAGCUCCGUGGCGGCGGGCUUGGAGCGGAACGGGCGCACCCGUGUGCAGGCCAUCUUCUCGCACGCGGCCGGCGACAACGGCACCCUGCUCAGCUUCACGGAGGGCGACGUCAUCACCCUGCUGGUGCCCGAGGCUCGAGACGGCUGGCACUACGGCGAGAGCGAGAAGACCAAGAUGCGCGGCUGGUUCCCCUUCUCCUACACCAGAGUGAUCCCUGAGGCCAGCGAUGCCGACAGACUUCACGUCAACCUUCACCAUGGGAGGAGCAGCAGUACAGGGAACCUUCUGGAAAGAGAGGACCUGAUCAUGCCCCCUCCUGACUACGGCAUGCCCACCACCCGCGUUCUCACCCAGACGGCCACUCACCCUCGGCAGCGACCCUACAGCAUGGCGGGACCCGGCUUCCCUCAGCAAGCGAUGGAGGAUUACGAGGUGCGCUUCCCCACAAGUUUGUACUUGCAUCAGCGAUGCCUGAAUAACGGCGCACGAGACGGGGGCGGUGGAAAACUCACCUGUCUCAGUGUGGGUCCAGACUUUGCCCGGUUCUGAAAGAGCAGAACAUCCUGUAAGUGACUGGCCUCCCUCACCAUCCAAGCAACCGGUCGCAUUCCUUCUCUCCUCCUCGUCCCCCCUCCUCGUUCCACCUGCCUAGAUCCAUUAGGGAGUGUGACUCAACUGCUUGCUAUCUUCAUUCUGUGACAUCUCACAAUUGUUCAUUUUGCCGUGAUGUCAUUGUUAAUCAACAGCUAACUGAGGUCAUGGGACAGGUGACAUAACCCAACAUGGCAUGCCUAUGGUGUUAGCAACAACUUAGACCGAUCUCUGGCUCUGUCUCUCUCUUUCAUACCCUUUACAGUUUGCAUGCCUGCUUGCCAGUAGCUGUGAAGGCUCCAUGCAUCAGCAAGGCAUGGUACAGAUCUUAUGGCACAUCGCUCUCUUUCGCAGCCAUUCCUACAGCACUGGCUUUCGUGUGCCUUAUCUUGGGGCUGUAUUUGAAGGUGCUAAUAGCUGGUUGUCCCCUUCCCCGUUCCCACCCCUGUCCCUUUUGCUCUACCCCUCUGUAGAGAAGUCAUGGGAGCUCAUGCCACCUGCCAUCUAUGACACAUCUGCUCCCAUCCUCUCUGGAGUGUCAGGUUCAUCUUGACUGUUGAGGGUGGGGUAGGGGGGUGGUGUCCACAACUCACUCCUGGUCCCGGUUACCAGCACAAUCUUCCACCCCUACUUCACCACAUCCGCUUGAAAUCUUGGUUCCUAAAAUCUUGUAAAGCUCUUAUGACCCUCAAGGGUAGUGCAUCUACAAUGCCAUUGAGAAGAAAUCUUCUAAAAAUAAAGAAAUAAAAUUACAUUAUCUUGCAUUAAAAAUGCAACAUGCAUAAGAGUCACACCGAGAAGCGUUAAGGAUUCCUCCUGCGAUUUGAUUUAGCUUUUGAUUUGUUAGUGUCCUUGACGAAACAGUCUUAUUGCCAGCUUCUUCUUGGAGGUUUGUUGUACCACUCUUUCAUAAUUCUUUUGUCGUGGAACAAAUGAAGAGGAUGCAUACAACCAAUUUUGCAGGCAUCUCAGAUCGGGACCCCCCCCCCCCCAAAAAAAAAAAAAAAAAAAAAAAAAAAAAACUCUCCUUCCCCUGUAAAGUCAACUCAACAAGGGCUCCUUGGCAAGACCUUAGCUUCUGGAAGCAUCACCACCAUGGCUUCCUCAGCAGGCACUGGGUCAGGUUCUGGUUUUGCUCUGAUCUGCCAUGAGUUGUCCCUCCUUUAUACUAGGAUUUUACCCUAGAGGUUUCUCCUCUUCCUGUCCAGUAAGGUCCUGUGGUAGAUGCCUUGAUUCAAUGUGCUAUGCUUACAGUUUACAGUCCCUCACCUUUGACCCUUGGCCCUAUUUCUUCCAUUGCACACUGCUGAAAGCAGAAUACAUGACUGGGUUUCUCAGAAUGGCAAUUUAAAUUUCUUAUAAAACCAUGUAAAUAUACCUAAGCUGACUCUUGUACUCUGAAACAGACCCAUGCAUUGUAUUACUAUUACUGUGCUUUUCUAGAGCAUAUCAACUAACUAAUCAGUUACUGGCAUUAGUAGGUUACAGGUUGGCAUGGUUUUGAAAGUACUGCUUUGGUUUCUAAAAGGUAAUUUAUUUUUUUAUUUUACUUUCCAAAUAUCACUGCAGUUUUAAGGUUGUCUAAGUGAAAGCUCAUCUGUUUUAACAUUAAGGAAAAUCCCUACCAUUAUUCUGUAUAAAAAUCCGUCAAUACUUUUGUGUGUAAAAAUCCUAUAGAAGUGGCUAGGCAUGCACACUCAAAAACUGAAACGUAAUCUGUGCUAAAGAAAAAAACAAGUUUAUAGAUAAGUAUAUUUGUUCAAAUACUGUGUUUUAGUCAGUGUAAAAUGGCACCUCAUAAUUAGCUGGAGUAAAUGACUACAAUAACUGAAGAAAGCAGCUUGUGACUACUGUCGGGAAGAGAUCUAGUACAUGUGGGCCGCGCUUUGGCGGAAUCGUACUAAUCUAAUUGGCUAUUACCUAGGCAUGCUAAAUAUUUUAUAGUGCAGUUUGUUAGUUCAACUGGUUCUAGUCUUGUAGAUGAAGUUAACCUGCAAUAAAUACAACAUUUGCCCCCGCUUUUUCCUGUGUGCAUCGCCUGGUGUGCCGUAUAACUUUAUAACUAAUGUUGCACCAUCUCCAUUGCAUAACUUGAAGGAACUUCGGAACGAGGUGAUCGCUCAAAAUGAUUGCAUUUCGUUAGUUUCACCGACUGUCCUCUGAGUUAUUACGAGCGUAUGCUGCACAGGUUUUACACCUCUGCCGAAAUGGCGAUGAAGGCGAUUUGUUGUUGUGGUUUCCAGGAAUUGGUUACAAAAUCUCGAAAUUGUGCUCACGCAAUACUCAAAACUUCAUUCUUUUCUGUUUUCUCGUGGAGCUCGAGUAACGUGUAUUUUGCAGCGUUGGCAGUAAAGUAAAAUGCCUUUUACACGCCUAGAUGCAAUAAGAGUGGCGAAGGGGUUUUACCAUGUUAUACACACACCUUACAUGUUUCUCAGUUCGUUCCUUACCUCAGUCUUGCAGUACCGCUGUUUGCUGCUCUCGCCAUGACAGGGAACAGAAACAUUCCCAUAGUCCUUUGCUGCAGAAAUAUAAGCAUAAGGGAGGAAUUGAUGCCCACUGGAGUACUGUAUUGUCUCACUCUGGUUUCAGUAAUAGUGUAAAAUGCUUUUGUCAUAUUUUCACAUAUCCUGAGAUAAAUGUAAAUAUAUUGUAACACAUUUCAUUCUGAGAUAUAUUGCAAUAUAUUUUUUUAAUGGAUAAAUGAAUUCCCAAGUCAAUGAGUG